GGGCGGCCCGAGCGCCGCUCCUCCCGCUGCCGGCCGCUGCUACCUCUGCCUGCCUGCUGCGCGGACCGGGCUGUCCGGCGGUCUGGUAGCACCAGCGGGGCGGGGAGGAUGAGCACGGCGGGAGCGGGCGGCAGCACAAACAGCAGUAGCCGCCGCGGCGGGGUCGGUCAGUGAGCCUGAGGGAGCACCGCGGCGGAGGCUGGGUAUGGCGCUGCCCGGGGAACGCGGCGCGGAGUCCCAGCCCGGCGUCUCCCGCCCCGCCACCGAUGAGGAGGAGGACAGCGGUGGUGGGGCCGGCGGGCAGCCGGAGGCGCUGUCGCUGGAAGAGAUCCUUAGGCUCUACAACCAGCCCAUCAACGAGGAGCAGGCGUGGGCCGUGUGCUACCAAUGCUGCGGCUCGCUGCGGGCCCGCGCCCGCCGCAGAGAGACCCCCACCGCCAGGCUGGGGGCGGCCGCCCACCUUCGCGUCUGGCGGGAUGGCACCGUCACCCUGGAGCAGGAUGAGCCCCACCGGCCGUCUCCACCUGCUUCAGGUUAUCGAGUUGCUGGGGAUUAUUAUAUACAAAGCCCUGGACUAUGGUUUGAAGGACAAUGAAGAGCGGGAAUUAAGUCCUCCGCUGGAGCAGCUUAUUGACCACAUGACUAAUUCCACAGAAACAGAUGGGAGUAGGGAUGAAGGCUAUGAUGCUCUGGAUGAAGGAGUGGAGGAUGAUGACGACGAUGAGGAAGUUGAGGCCAUUCGCUCCUAUAAAGACGUCAUGAAGCUGUGUGCUGCCCACCUGCCAACCCGGUCGGAGGCGCCGAACCACUACCAAGCAGUAUGUCGGGCUCUGUUUGCUGAAACCAUGGAGCUGUACACUUUCCUGGCCAAAAUCAAAAGUGCAAAAGAGAAUCUGAAGAAGAUUCAGGAAAUGGACAAAGAAGCAAGCGAUGAAUCCAGUACAGAUCUUGAUGACUUAAAAAAUGCUGACUGGGCUCGUUUCUGGGUCCAAGUGAUGCGGGAUUUACGGAAUGGUGUUAAACUCAAGAAAGUCCAAGAGCGUCAGUACAACCCACUCCCAAUAGAGUACCAGCUCACACCCUAUGAAAUGCUGAUGGAUGACAUUAGAUCCAAACGCUAUACCUUAAGGAAGGUCAUGGUCAAUGGUGACAUUCCACCUCGAUUAAAAAAGAGUGCCCAUGAAAUAAUCCUGGAUUUCAUCCGAUCCCGACCUCCAUUAAAUCCUGCCUCAGCAAGAAAACUGAAACCAACCCCACCACGGCCACGUAGCCUUCAUGAAAGGAUACUGGAGGAAAUCAAGUCAGAGAGGAAGCUACGUCCAGUCUCCCCCGAUGAGAUACGGCGCAGCAGGCUGGCAAUCCGACCACUUAGCAUGUCUUACAGUUUUGACUUGUCAGAUGUGCCUACGCCAGAAGCUGGAAGAAAAUUAGUGGAUGCCUCUGUAGCGAACGGUGGCCUGGCACCACAAGGAAAGCAGAAUGGGGCCACACAAGUGACAGUGCAACGCAAGAGGCUCCUUAAGGCUCCCACGUUGGCUGAACUUGACAGCUCAGAUUCUGAGGAGGAGUCAGUGCCCAAAUCAGGAAGUAGCAGCAGCAUCUCCCCCUCUCAAGCAGAAGACCCCUCUCAAGAAGGCACCAGCAGCAGAAAGACGCCUCCGAAGUUCUUGCCCAUAUCAUCUACACCCCAGCCUGAGAGACGGCAGCCACCUCAGAGAAGACACUCCAUUGAAAAGGAAACGCCAACCAAUGUGAGACAGUUCCUACCACCUUCAAAACAGAGCUCCAGAUCACUUGUUCCUAGGAUAACCAGUUUAUUUCCAAGGAUGAGUUUCAGACCACUUUUUUCAACUAUGCAAACAGCUUCUCUGCUCAGCUCUCAUCCCGUUGAAGCAGCCAUGUGUGGGGUGGCAGGGGCUAUGUACUAUCUCUGUGAGAGAGCUUUUGCCAGCAGGUGGAAACCCACAAAGGUUUGCCUCUUUUUGCUGGCUUUGGAAAUCACCUUCACCAGCAUGUUCCCUCGCUUAGGGGAGCACUUCCUAAGCUGUGGCAAGAAUUAAAGCUCAGGCUGGGACAUUGCACCUGAUUGACACUGAUUUCAAUGUGUGUAGGAUAUUUGUGUGUCUUCAAUCACCUCAUGGGGAAAAGAAAUCAAUCCUGAAAGGACAGCAAACUAAAAAUGCAACAUGACAAGAUUAUCAAUGGGACAGACCUUUAAUGUUACAGCACUUGAAGAUCCUGCAGCAAAAAUCCAGCAGAACCAUUGCAAUCCUUGGACUGUGUUGAAAAGAAUAAGGCUUUCUGUUUCUAACAAAAGUGUAGAGUGGAAGGAUAUUUGCAGUUGGUUUUACUUGAAAACCUACAUGUGGUUUUGAUCCUCAGGUAUCAGAACAUGCAGUAACUAGUGGCCAUGCACCAGGACAGGCGAAUUCCCUAACAAAAAACCCAGUUCCCUUUAUCCCUACGUAUGCCUGAACAGGAAUAAUUUUUUCCCCUUCUUUUUCUUGUCCCAGAUGGUAAGUGAGAGUGUGAGACCUGCUGCAGGAGAAUUUAUAGUUGAGAUACCCAGGUGACUUCUUGGAAAAUGUCAGUCUGCAGAAGCAAGCAGUGUUUAAAGUGCUUGCCUAAUUGUGAGUUGCAGAGUUUAGAGGCUAAUCCUGCACUUGCUCAUGUUGCAGUUUACUGGGCCAGCUCAUUUGAAUGCCUGGUGCCAGCCUUUAAUGAGGACUUUUACGAGGGCUUUCUUACUGUAAGAACCAGUUAGUCACAAGGAGCUUUUAGGGGCGUUGUUUGCUGAAAGUGACCUACAAAGCACUUUAUUUCACAUUAGGGAGAUGCAGUUCUUGCUACCUGCUUUUCCUGAGUACAACCAAAAUUACAUCUGAAGUUAUUACGGUGUAUAGAGUAAGACUGCACAGAGUGUUAAGCCAGUUCUCAUGAGGAGCUUGGAAACUUCAGAAAUACUGGUUUUAAGUAAGAGGUUUUUUUUCCUUUAAAGCUACCAAUUCUGACUUGUCUUUAGUAUUGCAGUGAGUGCUGAGUACAGUCCCAGAAAGACCAAGACCAGUCAACCCCCUUUUUGUCUGUAGUACGUUCUGUUGUAUGCAAGUGUUGCAGAGAGGCAGCUAUAGGUGAGAGGACUGGAGUGUAGAUCCCCGCUGGAAGUUUGAGCAAGAAUUCCAAGGCAGCGUGGUGUAAUGAA